AUGUUACUCUUACGCCUGGUCUCCAAUCUUUUGCCCAUAUUUGCCUUCAUAACAUGCUCGCUGGCGGCUCAAGAUCUUUAUAGGAUCUUGGGAGUUGAUAAAUCUGCGUCAGACAGAGAAUUGAAGAAGGCAUAUCGCACCCUAUCCAAGAAAUACCACCCAGACAAGGCCACGGGGAAUAACGAGAAGUUUCUCGAGGUUACAGAAGCCUACGAAGCCCUAUCGGAUCCUACGAGUCGGAAGAUUUACGAUCAGUACGGACAUGACGGUCUUAACAACCAUAAGCGGGGUGGAGGCGCCCAACACCAUGAUCCCUUUGACAUAUUUGGAAAGUUCUUUGGCGGCGGCGGUCAUUUUGGAGGAGGCGGUGGCAGUGGUGUGAGACGCGGACCUGAUCUGGAAGUUCGACUCAAUGCGCCACUACGAGAUUUCUACAACGGCAGAGACACCGAUUUCACCAUUGAAAAGCAGUUGAUCUGCGAAACUUGUGAGGGUUCUGGUUCGGCGGAUGGCCAGGUGGAAACUUGUACCAAAUGUGGAGGCCGCGGAGCCGUCAUACAAAAGCACAUGCUCGCCCCAGGGAUCUUUCAACAGGUCCAGAUGCAGUGUGAUCAAUGUGGAGGUCAAGGCAAGUCAAUCAAGCACAAAUGCAAGGUCUGUGGAGGUAGUAAGGUGGUUCGAGGCCCAAUUUCCUUGACGGCGAGCAUCGAAAAAGGCAUGCCCAAAGGACACAGAAUCACUUUCGAAAGCGAAGCAGAUGAGCACCCAGACCAUGUUGCUGGAAAUCUCUAUGUCUACAUCAUGGAGGCGGAACCAGUGUUACACGAGGAUGGGGCUCAAAGAACAGAUGGCGCAUUUUUCCGUCGCAAAGGCGAUGACCUUUACUGGAAGGAAGUUCUGUCACUACGAGAGGCUUGGAUGGGCGACUGGACCCGCAACCUCACCCACCUAGAUGGGCAUGUUGUCCAGCUCUCCCGCAAACGAGGAGAAACAGUACAGCCCGGCCUCGUCGAAUCCAUCAGGGGCGAAGGUAUGCCUAUCUAUCACGAAGGUCACGUUCACGAACACAGCCACGAUCACGACGAAUUUGGCAAACUCUAUGUCGAAUACAGUGUCAUUUUGCCAGAUCAAAUGGACAGCGGCAUGGAAAAGGAGUUCUGGGCAUUAUGGGAGAAAUGGCGCAAGAAGAAGGGCGUUGAUUUACUCAAGGAUAGUGGUAGGCCACUUCCUGUUGUACCACCAAAGGAUGAAUUGUAG